UAUCAGGCUUCAACUCUGAGUCAAGUGGGUGUUACAUACAGACUCUAAACAGACAAACAAACAGUCAUCGAAACUUCUUGAGAAGUGAUCUACAAAUCAGGGCGACAUGGAGCCUACUAAUUUACAGAAAGCUAUAGCUGUAGCUAACAAAGCUUCACAGGAGGAUCAGGCUGGAAAUUAUGAGGAGGCCAUUAAAUCUUAUCAACAUGCAGUGAAAUAUUUUCUACAUAUAAUAAAACGUGAACCACAGGGUAAAGAGGGCAAUCAGAAGAUCAGAGAUAAGUGUAAGCAGUAUCUUGACAGAGCGGAAGAGCUCCAAGACUAUCUUGAUAAGAAAGAGAAAGCUAUAGAUCUCGCUAGUAAGGCAUCUCAGGAGGAUAAGGCCGAAAACUAUGAAGAGGCCCUGCGUCUGUACGAGCAUGCUGUUCAGUACUUCUUGCAUGUUGUGAAAUAUGAAGCACAGGGUGAUAAAGCCAAACAAAGCAUCCGAGCCAAAUGUGCUGAGUAUUUGGACCGGGCUGAGAAACUGAAAGAGUAUUUGAAGAAGAAAGAGAAGGCACCAGCGAAGCCGGUGAAGGAGUCGCAGUCCAAUGAUAAAGGAAAUGAGAGUGAUGAAGGAGAAGACCCUGAAAAAAAAAAAUUUCAGAAUCAGCUCUCAGGAGCCAUUGUCAUGGAGAAGCCGAACAUUAAAUGGGAUGAUGUAGCUGGGUUAGAAGGGGCCAAAGAGGCCCUGAAAGAAGCUGUCAUUCUGCCAAUUAAGUUUCCACAUCUCUUUACAGGUAAAAGGACUCCGUGGAGGGGUAUCCUUCUCUUCGGGCCUCCCGGCACAGGCAAAUCAUACCUGGCCAAAGCGGUAGCGACAGAAGCCAACAAUUCCACCUUUUUCUCCAUUUCCUCCUCAGACCUGGUAUCAAAGUGGCUUGGAGAGAGUGAAAAGUUGGUGAAGAACUUGUUCACUUUGGCUCGAGAACACAAACCCUCUAUUAUCUUCAUUGAUGAGAUUGAUUCACUGUGCGGCUCCAGAAGUGAGAAUGAAAGUGAAGCGGCUCGUCGAAUCAAGACGGAGUUUCUGGUCCAGAUGCAAGGUGUUGGUAAUGACAAUGAAGGGAUCCUGGUGUUGGGAGCCACUAACAUCCCGUGGACGUUGGAUUCUGCCAUCAGAAGACGAUUUGAGAAACGUAUCUACAUCCCCCUGCCGGAGGACCAUGCCCGUGGGUUCAUGUUUAAGCUAAAUCUGGGCAGCACACCAAACAGUCUCACAGAAUCAGACUUCAUCACUCUGGGAAAGAAGACCAACGGUUACUCCGGUGCUGACAUCAGCGUUAUUGUCAGAGACGCUCUUAUGCAACCUGUCAGGAAGGUCCAGUCUGCCACUCACUUCAAAAGGGUACGAGGACCAUCAAGGAAUGACCCAAAAAUGAUUACCGACGACCUCCUUACCCCCUGUUCUCCGGGCGACCCACAGGCCAUAGAGAUGACAUGGAUGGACGUUCCUGGAGAGAAGCUUUUGGAACCAAUUGUUUCCAUGUCGGACAUGCUCAGGUCCCUUGCCAAUACCAAGCCCACCGUGAACGAGCAGGAUCUGGAGAAGCUGAAAAAGUUCACUGAGGACUUUGGACAGGAGGGCUGAUCCAGUCCCCCGAAACAAAAUCAAACAGAUUGUGAUUAUAAUGUCUUCACUCUUGCCCUUCUCACAACCCUCAAUUCCUGUGACUGACGAGCCCCAUGAGCUCAGGCUGAAGGCUAGAUAUAAUCUGAAAUGUGUAACACUACAAAUUUCUUCAAACUCUCUUCUAGCCUAACUCCUUUUUUCUCCUGUCCUCAUCUGUUAAUAGCUACUCUACCUGCAAGGCUGCCUUCAGUACCUGCUGAGGUUUGAGACCAUCAUGUUUAUUUCAUCAUUAAUCAUUCCAGCUGGCUCAAUCAUUAUUAUAUUAAAUAUUAUAUAGUCUUACUAUGAUAAACACAGCUCAAUGGAUCUUACACAUAGAAGUCCUGUGCAACAUUUAGCAAUUGUAAUGAGCAGUCUGAGAAAUAUUUAUAUCAGUUUUGUUUACAAAGGCACAAAUAUCCCAAUACACACAAUAUUUAAAGGGGAUAGUUCACUCAAUAAAUGACCAUUUUCAUUGUUGGGUU